CUGGGCGCUUCUGGGCAAUCUAUCCACUUCUAUCUAAAGGACUGGUUCGUGCGCUGCGUGGCGCCAUCUGGACCAACCAGCUUGCCUCGGGGCCUGGUCAACUCUGCUAGUGCCCGCAUGCCGCGCGCCUCCUCCAGCGCUCCUCCCACGCCUCUUCCAUUCUCCAUCCAUCUCUCCAUCUCUUCCACCACAAAACCCUUUUUCUUUGUGUGUCUCCUUUCAUUUCAUUUCAUACGCCCGUCUUUUCCCCUGCAAAACCACGCCCUGCUUCCUUUCUCUAUCCUUCUCCGCCCUUUGUCCCCUUGUUCUAUUCUUCCAAAACUCGUCGUAAUCCUUCCUACCACCAUCCCAUUGCUCUCAUCAACCACCAAAAGGCCAUGUCCUAACAGUCCUCGACCUUGCACCCCUACGACUUAAUCUGUCCGCUUCUUCUCCCUCGCAGGAACCACAUUCGCUGAAUCCUCGACUCGACUAUACAUCCGUUUUCGACUACCCAUGGCGAGACAACGGCUGCCCCGCGAUGCCACGGGCGACAAAUUUAUGCAGCUCAUGAGCGAUCCGUUUGCCUCGGGUGUACUGUAGC